AUGCCUACCCCCGGCCUUCUCUACGUCACCAUGCAGCCCAAGGGCUCGCUGCCGGACACCCAAUUCCACGACUGGUAUAACACGGAACACGGGCCUCUGCGUUUGCGUCUGCCCUUCGUCACCAAUGGCUUCCGUUUCCGUGCGACCGAUGGAGAGAAGCCCGAAUACGUGGCUCUGUAUGAUAUUACCGACAUGGACGAGUUGACCCGCAAGACCUACCUCGACUUGCGAACCGACCUGAUCAAGACCGAGCGGGAGAAGAAGACCAUGGCCCAGAUCGACGUGGGUCGUCUAUUGUAUGACCUGGUGGAUGAGCGCAGAAGCCCGGACUUCCGCCCCUUGGAAGACCAAGCCGACACAGAUGCCGAGACUCGAGGCAGCGUCCUCAUCGCCGUCCGAGUUGCUACUCACCCCGACCCCGCCAAGCAAGCUGAUCUGGAUAAAUGGUAUCGCGAGGAACACUUCGACAUGCUCUCUCGUGUACCAGGAUGGCGCCGGAGUCGUCGUUUCGUGACUGCAGCAAUUGAUUCCGCCGCCGCGCGCGAAUCUCUGACCCUCUAUGAAUACGCCCCCGUCAAUGGUCUUGGAGGUGAGGCCCACAAGGCUGCCAUGAAUACUCCCUGGGGGGCACGUCUUAUGAGUGAGGUAGUGACCUCUAAGAACCGUCGUGUCUAUGAGUGGUACUACACCUUUGGCCCUGCUCCUCGUGAGCUCACUUCCCUUGCUGCCCCGGAUGUCAUUGGACCCUGGAGCUCCAACGACGGUCGCACUCGCACAUUCCCUUCGACUUCCCGCCCAGCAGUCGAGUCCUUCGUCACCACUUCAGAUGGUGUUGAAAUUCCCUAUCGAUUGGAGGGUAGCACCGACCCCUACGCGCCAGUGGUUGUGCUGAGCAACUCCAUCCUGGUCAACUGGAACAUUUGGGACCGUUUUGUUGAUGCGUUCUUCGCCCAGAAGCAGAACCAACGCUACCGCGUCGUACGUUACUUGACUCGCGGCCGCCGCUCUGCGAGCGGAGAGCAGCCUGUCAACAUUGAUGUGCUGGCCUCGGACCUUGCUACUUUGCUAGAGGCUCUGCGCGUACCCCCCAAGGCCGCCCGUCUCAUCGGAGUCAGCCUAGGUGGUGUCACCGUUUUGAACACUGCCCUCCUGCACCCGGAGCGCGUUGGCGCCUUCAUCGCAUGCGACACCAACUCCUCCGCCCCUGAAUCCAAUCGCAAGGCGUGGGGUGAUCGCGUGGCCAUCUGCGAAAAAGAGGGAUCUGUUGACCCGGAAACUAACGAACCCAUUGUUGGCGAGGAACUGGCCGAGGUCACCACUCGCCGUUGGUUCGUGCCAGAGUCGUAUGAGACCCAGCCUGAGGUUCUCGCCCCCGUCAAGGAGGCAGUCCGCACCAACAGCCUGAAGGGCUUCGCCCACAGUGUGCAAGCACUUUGCGCAUACGAUAUCCGUGAGCGCAUGGCUGCUGCCACUGUCCCGGGUCUGUUCGUCGCUGGUGCCAACGAUGGUGUUCUGCCACAAACUAUGCAGAAGAUGGCCGCGGAUCUGCGUGGCGGCGCCGAACUUAAGAUCAUUGAUCGCGCCGGCCAUCUACCUAUGGUGGAGCAGCCCGUGGUCUUCGCCGAAGUUGUGACUGAAUUCCUAAGCAAAAUUGAUGGUUGA